AUGGCCGCUGGCCCUCCCUUCGGUCAACCCUGGCUCGCGAACGUCGGUAACAACCCCAACAUCAACCGCGAACCUCCACCACCUCCUAUCAACGCUGGUCCAGCACUUCAAGCACAACACUCCGCCGCAGUAGCAGGAGGAGCCCGGGUCGUUGUAGAACAACAACACGCCCCCAUAUACGGCCCUCCUCUUCCCAUUGGUAUCGGUGGUCCAGCAUUCGGCAUCGCUCCAUCUUUCGGUGGUGUCGGUAUAGGUGCGUUUCCACCUGUCUUUCCACCUGUCGGUGUCAUGAACCCAUUUAUGAUGGGCGGUUACAUGGGUCCUGGUGGCGGACCACUAGCUCCUAUCCGAGCGGGCAACUUUCUUCCUGGUGCUCAUCACGGUAUAGGCUUCGGUAUGCAUGCCAACGGCGUCCCAUUCCCACCACCUCCUCCCGGCGCUAUCGCCGGAGUCAUUCCCCCUUUCGCCCCUGUUGCGCCGCUGUGGGCUGGAGGCGGGCUCGCAUUCGGAAACGUACCUGCGAUGGGGGGAGUUGGCAUGGGUGGAAUGAUGCCUGGUAUGAUGAUGGCCCCCGGUAUGGCAGGCUCCCAACACUUUCGCCCAGCACCCAUGUUCCACGAUGGCAACCAUGGCCACCCGGCUCAGCCUGAACAACAAGAUGUCGGUCAAAUCGCCGGUGGCAUCCCGGCAGGUGUUAUGCUUGUCGAGUCUGCUGAACAUACCAUCUUCUAUCGCAUUACAGGCAAUAUCUGCCCUUGGCUUUCUCCAGGUACCCAGUUGGGUAUUGAACCGCUCGCUGCAGCUAGUACUACGGGUCUCAAUCGCCUCAUUCAGAUCUGCAAUGAUGGUACAUCGGCGGAUGAGUUGGAGAAUUGCGCAGUUACGGAGUGUAUCGAGUUGGGCAAUGGGAUGUGGGAGAAGGGUCAGACGUUCAAGUACAACGACGCUGUCUCUAGGGUAUUGACGAUGAAAGAUGCUGGAUGGGACAACACAAGGAACAGGCAGAACGGUAACUCCCUUCAUCUUUGGGGCCACCGUAUCUAG